ACUGACGGAAUGCGGCGGGGCCACCCACAAAUUCCCUCAAGUUUGCAACAGUUAAAGAAAAUUGUCAAUGACGCGUGAUGGUAUAUGUAUGUAUGGAAAAGCAGAAAGAAAACACCACAAAUUAUUUAGUAGUAAUAGAAAAAUCAUACGCAUUUCCAAGUAACCAUCUUUACAUUCCAUCAAGAAAGACUCCCCCUUUUCAUCAUCUUUUCUUUCCAUGUGUGGUUUGAACACAUAAUAUACGUAAUGCACGCACGCAUUCAUAUAUAAAUUUGUAGGAAGAUCUCUACUUUUUUCCUUCCUUUCACUGCCUCGUUUGAGAUUCUUGAAAUGGUUGUUUGUCUUUUGAUUGUCGAGUGGAAAAUCUAGUUCGCGAAGCUUUUGUUGAUGGGGAAUUGCUUGGGAUUUCUAGCUGCUGACCACCCUAACCCUAGUUCUACUUUACCCUCUACUCCAGGGACAUCGCGAGAUUACAGCAAUGGUGUAGGUCAUUCUGCGACAAGCAGUAGCGCCGGCCUCAGCCGUUUCUCAGCUGCUUUCAGCGAUGAUGCGUGCUUGGCUGCAGGAGAUCAUAUACUGCCCACUCCAAAUUUGAAGAUUUACAGUUUUGCUGAUUUGAAGAAUGCCACUAGGAAUUUCAAGUCGGAUAUGGUUUUGGGAAUAGGAGGUUUUGGCACUGUGUAUAAGGGAUGGGUGGAUGAGAAGAGCCUGCAGCCUUCUAAACAUGGGACUGGGAUGAUGGUUGCAAUCAAGAAGUUGCAUCCUCAGAGCGCGCAGGGCUUUGAAGAAUGGCAGGCAGAAGUGAACUUUUUGGGAAGGUUGUCACAUCCUAACUUGGUAAAGCUCUUGGGAUAUUGUUGGGAAGAUAAAGAAAUGCUGCUUGUCUAUGAAUUUAUGCUAAAGGGAAGCCUGGAAAAUCAUCUUUUUAGAAGAAAUGCUGCUACUGAACCAUUACCGUGGGAUAUAAGACUCAAAAUAGCAAUAGGAGCAGCAAAGGGACUGGCUUUUCUGCACUCUUCGGACAGUAUUUAUCGAGACUUUAAGGCCUCAAACAUUCUUCUUGAUGGGAGUUUCAAUGCAAAAAUAUCGGAUUUUGGGUUAGCGAAACUGGGGCCUUCAGGAGGGAAUUCUCAUGUUACAACCCGCGUGAUGGGAACAUUUGGCUAUGCUGCACCUGAAUACAUUGCAACAGGACAUCUAUAUGUGAAGAGCGACGUGUAUGGGUUUGGCGUGGUGCUGCUGGAGCUGCUGACAGGCUUGAGAGCCCUUGACGCAAAACGGGUACAGCAGAACUUGGUGGAUUGGAUGAAGCCCCUUCUCUCCCAGAAACGGAAACUGAAAACCAUCAUGGAUGUGCGAUUACAAGGGCAGUAUUCGUCCAAGGCAGCAUCACAGACUGCUCACCUCACCCUCAAAUGCUUGGAGCAAGAGCCCAGAAAGCGGCCUCCCAUGAAAGAGGUAGCUGAGGUCUUGGAACAGAUUGCAGCCAUGGAAAUACCCAAAGAGUCCAAGAGUAGUAGAUCAACGCGUUCUUCUUCUUCGUCUCUCCACCACAUACAAUCGCCCAGAUCGUAUCACUCCCCUCGUCAGUCCACAAGAUAGAUAGACGAUCGCACGUGAUGUGAUUAACACUUAGUAUAAUAUAUAUGGUGUUUUUAUCACUUAACAGAUGCUCCAUUCUUUUUCCAAGGAAUUUGUGAAGUUGCUUUGUUUGCCACUGUGUUCCAAGUUGUUUGAUGUAUGUGUUGUCUAUUGACUUGCAAAAUGUACGAGUUCGUCAGUGUAUUAAUUUGUUUGUGAUCGAUGCACCAAUAGCGAAUAUUUGUGUCUUUUUCGACUUGAAA